AUGGACGGUCAACGUAUUAAAAACAGCGACAGGUUUAAGUAUCUGGGGGUAAUCCUCGACAACAGACUUACAUGGAAGCACCACAUGCACUACACUUAUGAGAAAGCCAUCAAGGUAAUGCACUCUCUUGCCUCCAUCGCCCGGAACCACUGGGGAUACAGCAAUUCCGUCUGCCGCCUCCUGUACAUUUCUGUCAUAGAACCAAUCCUGCUUUAUGGGGCAGAGGUAUGGGGCCCUUCCAUCACAAAGGUGCAUCUCAAAAGAAAACUUUCUUCGGCGCAGAGGCUCGCCCUGAUUUUGUGCACGAAAGCCUACAAGACCGCUCCUACGGAUGCGCUCUUGGCAAUAGCCAAAGUCAUCCCCAUUGACCUCGUCAUAAAAGAAAAAGUCUGGGCUUAUCAGCAACUAAAACUUGCCAAGGGGACUACCACAAACCUAAAAUUUAACACUGUUAUGAAGAACCUUGAAGACAGCACCACCAUCGAUAACAUCUUGAACCACCUGAACAACUUCAAUUUGGACUUAAAUAAUCACCAGAAAUUCUUACACCCUAAGACUUCUCUAGAAGAGAUUUUCUCUCUGGAGGGUCCCACGGAUCACACCGGCUAUACCAUCUACACCGACGGGUCCAAGUCUGAGGACGGGGUGGGCUGUGCCUUCGUUGUAACCAACAACAAUAUUAACAUUCACCAAGCUCGGUUUAAACUGGCAAACCACUGCACUGUGAACCAAGCCGAGUCUCUGGCUAUUUGCAGGGCUCUCCACUGGAUAAACAAUAAUAAGGACACGCAUAAGUUCAAUAGGAUAAACAUUCUCAGUGACAGUAGAGUGGCACUUCUUCAGUUAAAGAACCUUAACACCAAGUUAAGCAUCAUCCAAGAAAGUGUCAACCUCCUAUUGUCUAUCAAGGAAGACGUCAACAUACGACUUUCCUGGGUCCGGGGGCACUCGGGGAUCCCGGGUAAUGAGAGGGCCGACCUCUUGGCUCGCUCAGCCCCUGCGUGGGUUAACAACUACACCUUCGAGCUCACGCCUCUCACCUGGGUGAGGCACACCAUCAGAAACCGCACUUGGGAAAUUUGGCAAGACAGAUGGAGCAAAAGCAAUACAGGUAGGACUACUUUUGGCUUCAUUCCGAACGUUCGGGACAGAAGCACCUACACACACUUCAUCACCAAUUACUGCAUCACCCAACUACUCACAGGGCACGGGAACUUCCGAAGCUACCUAAGGAGGUUUCUGCACAAGACCGACGGGAAGUGCCCCUGUGAGCUAAACGAGGAUGAAGACUCUGGACACAUACUUUGGAACUGCCCGGACUACAAUACACAAAGGCAGCGCUUGAUCAUCAAGGUUCAAGACAAUAACGACUUAUGGCCAUGCAAAAGCAAAAUUCUUAUCAGCAACAAGCAGUACUACAAUGCCUUAAAAGACUUUGCCUCAAGCAUUAAGGUGCUCGACUAG